CCACUCGAUUAAAAAUCAUCCAGUCCCAAUCGUACACUUGAUCUUCCAUAGACCAAUUAUCCUCGUUCUUGCAGAUAGUGCGGUCAUUCAAGCCAUUCUGAUCUAAAAAUGUCUUACGUUAAAAUGUUUGCAUUUUUUGCUGUUCUUGUUUUGGGACAAUGCCAACGAUUAACAACUUCUGAAGCACCCUGGGUUUGGGGUGAAGAUUCGUCGAACAAUCAAAAUCCAUUUAUAAGAACUACAAAACCACCAAGAACGAUGCGAACAACGCAACCUACAAAUACUGAAAAUUCAGUAAAUCCGAAAGACGCACCGAGUCCAAGAGUCUGUCCCGGUUGUCCCAGAACUCCACAAUUUAAUCCAGUUUGUGGGAGUGAUAACGCCACUUAUGAUAAUGCUAACGCUGUAGAUUGUGCCAACACGUGUGGUCCGAAAAUUGAAAUAUUGUUCUAUGCAGCGUGUAGACCAACAGCAUAAAAUUGUGAUAAACGAUUUCAAUUCGCUGGAUAUAAUUAAUUAAACUCUAAUAGGCUGCGAUAGAG